GCAUGCGCAGUGAGCGAGGCCGGCUCGGCGCAAGAAGGAAGCGUUCGCGGUGAUCCCGGCGGCUUCGCUGGGGUAUGCGGUACCGGCUAGCGUGGCUGCUGCACCCCGCGCUGCCCAGCACCUUCCGCUCGGUCCUCGGCGCCCGCCUGCCGCCCUCGGAGCGCCUCUGUGGUUUCCAAAAAAAGACUUACAGCAAAAUGAAUAAUCCAGCAAUCAAGAGAAUAGGAAAUCAUAUCAUCAAAUCUCCUGAAGACAAGCGAGAAUACCGCGGACUUGAGCUGGCCAAUGGGAUCAAAGUACUUCUUGUCAGUGAUCCAACAACAGAUAAAUCAUCAGCAGCACUUGAUGUACACAUAGGUUCGUUGUCAGAUCCUCCAAAUAUUGCUGGCUUAAGUCAUUUUUGUGAACAUAUGUUAUUUUUGGGAACAAAGAAAUACCCUAAAGAAAAUGAAUACAGCCAGUUUCUCAGUGAGCAUGCAGGAAGUUCAAAUGCCUUCACUAGUGGAGAGCAUACCAAUUACUAUUUUGAUGUUUCUCAUGAACACCUAGAAGGUGCGCUAGACAGAUUUGCACAGUUUUUCCUGUGCCCCUUGUUUGAUGAGAGCUGCAAAGACAGAGAGGUGAAUGCAGUUGAUUCAGAACAUGAGAAGAAUGUGAUGAACGAUGCCUGGAGACUCUUUCAGCUGGAAAAAGCUACAGGGAACCCCAAACAUCCCUUCAGUAAAUUUGGAACAGGUAACAAAUAUACUCUAGAGACUAGACCGAACCAAGAAGGCAUUGAUGUAAGACAAGAGCUCCUGAAAUUCCAUUCUACUUAUUAUUCAUCGAACUUAAUGGCUAUUUGUGUUUUAGGUCGAGAAUCUUUAGAUGACUUGACUAAUCUGGUGGUAAAGUUAUUUUCUGAAGUAGAGAACAAAAAUGUCCCAUUGCCAGAAUUUCCUGAACAUCCUUUCCAAGAAGAACAUCUUAAACAACUUUACAAAAUAGUACCCAUUAAGGAUAUUAGGAAUCUUUAUGUGACAUUUCCCAUACCUGACCUUCAGAAAUACUACAAAUCAAAUCCCGGUCAUUAUCUCGGUCAUCUCAUUGGGCAUGAAGGUCCUGGAAGUCUGUUAUCAGAACUUAAAUCAAAGGGCUGGGUAAAUACUCUUGUUGGUGGGCAAAAGGAAGGAGCCCGAGGUUUUAUGUUUUUUAUCAUUAAUGUGGACUUGACUGAGGAAGGAUUAUUACAUGUUGAAGAUAUAAUUCUGCACAUGUUUCAAUACAUUCAGAAGUUACGAGCAGAAGGACCUCAAGAAUGGGUUUUCCAAGAGUGCAAGGACUUGAAUGCUGUUGCUUUUAGGUUUAAAGAUAAAGAGAGACCACGGGGUUAUACCUCUAAGAUUGCAGGAAUAUUACAUUAUUAUCCCCUAGAAGAAGUGCUCACAGCUGAAUAUUUACUGGAAGAAUUUAGACCAGAUUUAAUAGAGAUGGUUCUCGAUAAACUCAGACCAGAAAAUGUCCGGGUUGCAAUAGUUUCCAAAUCUUUUGAAGGAAAAACUGAUCGCACAGAAGAGUGGUACGGAACCCAGUACAAACAAGAAGCUAUACCAGACGAAGUCAUUAAGAAAUGGCAAAAUGCUGAUCUGAAUGGGAAAUUUAAACUUCCAACGAAGAAUGAAUUUAUUCCUACAAAUUUUGAAAUUUUAUCGUUAGAAAAAGAAGCAACGCCAUACCCUUCUCUUAUUAAGGAUACAGCUAUGAGCAAACUCUGGUUCAAGCAAGAUGAUAAGUUUUUCUUGCCCAAGGCCUGUCUGAACUUUGAAUUUUUCAGCCCAUUUGCUUAUGUGGACCCCUUGCACUGUAACAUGGCCUAUUUGUACCUUGAGCUCCUCAAAGACUCACUCAACGAGUAUGCAUAUGCAGCAGAGCUAGCAGGCUUGAGCUAUGACCUCCAAAAUACCAUCUAUGGGAUGUAUCUCUCGGUGAAAGGUUACAAUGACAAGCAGCCAAUUUUGCUAAAGAAGAUCAUUGAGAAAAUGGCUACCUUUGAGAUUGAUGAAAAAAGAUUUGAAAUUAUCAAAGAGGCAUAUAUGCGAUCUCUUAACAAUUUCCGAGCUGAACAGCCUCACCAGCACGCCAUGUACUACCUCCGCUUGCUGAUGACGGAAGUGGCCUGGACUAAAGAUGAGUUAAAAGAAGCCUUGGAUGAUGUCACCCUUCCUCGCCUUAAGGCCUUCAUACCUCAGCUCCUGUCACGGCUGCAUAUUGAAGCCCUUCUCCAUGGAAAUAUAACAAAGCAGGCUGCGUUAGGAAUCAUGCAGAUGGUUGAAGACACCCUUAUUGAACACGCUCAUACGAAACCACUUCUUCCAAGUCAGCUCGUUCGGUACAGAGAAGUUCAGCUUCCGGACAGAGGAUGGUUUGUGUAUCAGCAGAGGAAUGAAGUCCACAAUAACUGUGGCAUUGAGAUAUACUACCAAACCGACAUGCAGAGCACCUCAGAGAACAUGUUUCUGGAGCUCUUCUGUCAGAUCAUCUCCGAGCCUUGCUUCAACACCCUGCGCACCAAGGAGCAACUGGGCUACAUCGUCUUCAGCGGGCCACGCCGAGCCAACGGCAUACAGGGCUUGCGGUUUAUCAUCCAGUCAGAAAAGCCACCUCACUACCUAGAAAGCAGAGUGGAAGCUUUCUUAAUUACCAUGGAAAAGUCCAUAGAGGACAUGACAGAAGAGGCCUUCCAAAAACACAUCCAAGCAUUAGCAAUCCGUCGACUAGACAAACCAAAGAAGCUAUCUGCAGAGUGUGCUAAAUACUGGGGGGAGAUCAUCUCCCAGCAGUACAAUUUUGACAGAGAUAAUAUAGAAGUUGCCUAUUUGAAGACACUUACCAAGGAAGAUAUUAUCAAAUUCUAUAAGGAAAUGUUGGCGGUGGAUGCCCCGAGGAGACAUAAGGUAUCCGUUCAUGUUCUUGCCAGAGAAAUGGAUUCUUGUCCUGUGGUUGGAGAGUUCCCAUGUCAAAAUGACAUAAAUUUGUCACAAGCACCAGCUUUGCCACAACCUGAAGUGAUUCAGAACAUGACUGAGUUCAAGCGUGGUUUGCCACUGUUCCCCCUUGUGAAACCGCAUAUUAACUUCAUGGCUGCAAAACUCUGAAGAUUCCCCAUGGGCGGGAAAGUGCAAGUGGAUGCAUUCCUGAGUCUUCCACGGGCUAGGAAAACCAUCUUGGCCACUUUAAUAGUUUCUUGUUCACUAUUAGAGAGACACAGAGGAAAAAAAGAAAAAAAAAAACUUGUCAAAUGUCAUUAUGUAGAAAUAUUAAAAAUCCAGAGUAAUUAAAUUACAGAAUCUUAUAGAUGUAGAAUAUUUUUAAAAUACAUGCCUCUUAAAUAUUUUAAAAGUUUUCAUUACUAAGAGAAAUGUCCCUUAUAUAACAAUACUUAAAAUGAUGAAUGAUAUUCCUAUAGAAUCUUCCUUCCUUAUUCUGUAAAAUAGUCACUUGUCAGAGAAAAAUAUGUUAGCUUUUUUCUAAAAGCCUCCUAGGUUGACAGAAAAGACUUCAAAACAUAUAGAAAGAUAAUACAUUUUUAAAAAUUGAUUCUCAAUUUUGCUUUCUACUUAAUAGUUUCAUGUAAAUAAUGGAGAACAUUACAUUUGGCAGAUAAUGAACAAAGCAAUGUAAUUUUCUUUUAUUAGUGAAAUUGCUGAUUAAGGCAUGGUUUUAAUCUUUUUAUAAAAUUUGAACAUGUUUUUUAUUCAAACUAGUAAAAUGCUGGAAAACUCUAGAACACCCUACUUAUUUUACAGUGCUAGAAAUACAGACUUACCUGACAUCAAUUUUGUCCCAAACCGAAUUUCUCAGGAUUACUGUGGUUUGUUUCUUUCUGAUUGAAUUAUAUUGGCAUCCUUAUUCAUAGUUGGUUUGCAGUGUUCCAUCAGUGUCACUUUUUUCCCAUCAACACGUUGCUGUAUGUAUUUAACAAAGACAGAUAGGGUCAACUUCAGAUCCCACUGAGUGUGUGACAUGCUUUUCCAACAUCAGCUAUUCUCAAUAUCUGUAACUUUUUACUAUGGCAAAAUCGCAGUCAGUAUUCCAACCAAAAUAUUUGUCCCAUUGUGAAUAUAAAAGGCCACAUGUACAAAGACACCUUUUGGGGGGUACAGAAAGGAAAGCCUUGGAUUCUUAAAUAGUGUGAUCUCCAUAGAGACACUAAUCCCCGUUUGGCUCCCAGUCUAAUAUUGCCUUAAGUGUUAAGUUGUUUUUUGAAUAUAUAAAUACAAACACAGAUGAUGACUGGAGUGAGCUUUUAAAAAAUAUUUUUUCUUCAUGAGAUGCAAUUAUAGAUGAAAUUGUUACUGUAUAUUUAACAACCAUUUUGAAAUAUUUACUGUUAUUAAAACUUAAAGAGAAAUUGGAAACACACAGGCACUAGUAACAGUAAGUGGUCCUGUUGUUGACUAACUCAGGCGCAGUAAAGAAUAGUAUUUUCCAGGGACAUUUUACCUCCAUGUGAGUCGAUUUGCCAGGACUUCUUUCUGUAGAGUCACGUCUCUUUCACAUCUUAAGUUUCACAUUUGCCAUUUUUCCAAAUAAUCUGAAUUUGGGGCAAGAAUGAUAAUCACAACCGUGGAGGCUGCUUUUGAAAGCGGGGCUCCAUUUCUAUUGUCAGAUAAAUGUGGUGCUGUAACUGUCUUUUUAUCCCUACCUUCAAGAGCUUCCUUGUACGAAGCUUGUCUUUGUCCAUCAGAAGGUGUGUGAGUCACCGUCACUCCCUUCUGGUUUUAUGCAUUUGUAGACUAUGCAGCUUUUCAUCAAACUGCAAAUAUAUAUGAGAGGGAUCAAAAAUGAGUCCUGAGUGUAUAAAGCUACCACUGGAAGAGUAAAUGACCCACCUAAACCUUUUCUGUGGAAAAUUAUGUGCUAUUGGGUAACUUGGCUCUUUACAAAAGUGGGGGGUGAAAUUUGAGUGUCAUUUUUAUGGGAAAGCCACGUGAAGAGCUCUGGAAGCCAUCCCAGGUAGUCUCCAGGAAAGUGUGGCUGCUGGUGAGUGUGCUCCGGUCUUGUCUGCUGUCCACAUACGACCUCCAGCCACUGUUGGCUUACUCGGGCUGACUUACACCUUCAGCUAAAUAGGUCCAAAUUGUAGUCCAUGAGCAAUAACAGACUGCCUGGACACUGCUCUUUCCUCAGUGUAGAGGAGGUUUGUGAAACACAUUCAGGUGUCAUUACCCGUGACUUUUUAAAACGUCUUUUUCACGAGUUGAUGUGCAGGGAGAGCAUGUGACACAGCCAGCAGGGGCGGAGGGCUAGGGUGACCCUGUUUACAAUAAAUUGCCUGGUUUUCACCUCUGGAGUUCGCAUUUGUAUUAUUUUUACAGUUUUCGGUGGCCGAUCCUCAACCUGCCUCUCAACAUCCCGAUUUGACAAUGUUUCUUGUUUUUUCGUUGUUCCUAAUGCAAAAAGCAGUGGGUUGGUUUUUUGUUUUGUUUUGUUUUUUUUUAAGUGAAUCUAGGUAACAGUGAUUUACUGAUACCUCUUGAGUCAGUUUCACAAUCUUAAGAGCAGAUCACUCUGGUAAAAUAGAAAUAUUGAUGUUAGAGGCUGAACUCCUUGCUGUGAGUGUUGUCAUUGACCCCAGAUCCAGAAAGAUUUGUCCUGGGCAUUACAGGGAGGAACAUUUUAAAGGUAGAAAAAAUACUUCUCUCCUCUACAGCUAGGUUUCUGCAUCUUCCUGCCACAUCUCUAGCAAAUGCCUUGUCCGAUCCCUGGCUUCUUACUCCCUGGUCAAAAUAAUCUUUCUACUCAGGUGGUUACCAGCUGGCUCAACAGGGCUUUUCAAGAGGAACUCUGCUCGUUAGUCAGUUUCCAACCUAGGACAGUAGAAAAUGGCACACAGUCAGCUUUGUGCCCGGAAGACAUGGCUGCACUCUCUGAGGGCCACCAGCCACCCCAGGCUUUGUGAGUUGGUUCAGUUUCCCCUCUCACGAUGCAGUGUGUGUGGGGAAUCGCCUGGUCUGUUUCCCAUGUUUGCAGGAUGUUUAUAGCAGAAACCAGGGGUUCUCACAGACUCAUCUUCCCUUGUAAGAUAUCUUGCCCUCUUAACCCCGUGGGCUCCUGGAUCCCUAGUAUUCUGUGCUGCCCGUCUGAUGUUCGUUCAUUGACCUUGUCAGCUUGAACAUGGGACAGUCCAUGGUGUCUUGUGGCAAAGCUUAUUGGUAGUAUGAAUUGCUACUUUUCUCUCUUUAGAGAUAACAACAGCAUUUUGAAUAGUUCAAACCCUAAAUUAACAUUAACUGACAUUGUAAAGCACUUUGUAGACUACAGACACCAUCAUCAUCCUCAUCCCAGGUUUUCAGAGGUGAAAAUAGGCUCAGAAAGUUUGAACAGUUUGCCCAGGACCGUGUGGGAAGCGCAGAUUCAAACCUCCACUCAGAUCUUUAAAUGCUAGUUCUCAUUGUUCCGUGUGGAUUUCUUGUAAUAACAGGUUCAGUUGCUGAGUCACUUCUGACUCAAACCCCACGAACUGCAGCACGCCAGGCUUCCCUGUCCUCCACUCUCUCCCAGCGUUUGUUAAAGCUCAGAUUUUUAAUCACUAGUUCUCACUGUUCUGUGGAGAUUUCCUGUAAUAAUAGGUACCAAGUCUAUGAAGGUACCUGUGGAACAGAGUAGAAAGGUGGUUACCUUUACACUUGUAUGAAGCUUUAUUUUUUUCACAGAUAACCUCCUUAGUCUCCCGUCCUUUGCCUGUUUCGAAGGGAGUAAACCAGGUCUCAGAGUCUGUGUGGCUGUCCUCCCGUCCGGCUGGUGUCAUUUCCCCUCUCCUGGGCUCCCCUGUGGCCAGCUAACCUCCGCAGCAUGCAGGAUCUCCCUCCCUCUUGGAGUUAAUCCAGACCCACACCUCCUGACCUGCCCUUAAUUUAAGUUCUUCCUUUCGCCCCUGGAGUGAUGAGAAGACCUGGAAUCCUUCAGGAAAUUCUGAACGAGGAUUAUGAAGAAGAGCCAAGUUCACCUGUAACCCCACCACUUCAAGACAGCCAUGGGUUUGGGGGUUUGUUUGUUUUUUUGCAUUGUUACUUUGCAGUCUUUUCCUCGUCCAUGUAGACUGGGGUCAUAUAUUCCGUGUUAUGACUUUCCUUCCAUUGUCUAUCUAUAUUGGAUAAUCUUGGGAAAAUUGUGAUAUUUGUUGUUGAGUUUUCAUGUCUUAUACUGUAGUUUGUUUAUCUGAUCCUCUUUGUGGGAUGUUUAGGGUGUUUUCAAACUUUGAUCCAUGAUAAACCUCCUUGUGCAGA